CUAGGAUACUUUAUGUCUAAAUCGCUUUGCGGCAUUUUCCCCGCUUUGCUGUCAAAGAAAACGACUGUUAACAAGUUCGUUCAAUCACGCGACGCGAAUGUGACUGGCAAGCUUUUCUUUUUUUUGUGUUUGAUGCAAUUAUGCUACGUGGUUUUCAAAGUUAUUUGCAGGUGCACCGAAACUGGUUUUAGAACCCUUAAAAUAAGAUUUCUAGGCUUUGCUAAAAAGUGUGUUAUUGUUCUCAUGGAAGCUCCCGAGAGCGUGGAGGCGCCGGCGCUCCAGAGAAAGGAUUCCCUUUCAUCCCUUAAGGGUGCGGAGAAAAGGAAGACUGGCGGCUGGAAAGCUUGUCCAUUCAUACUUGGCAAUGAAUGCUGCGAGAGGCUGGCAUACUAUGGCAUCAGCACUAACCUGGUGGUGUACAUGACCAAGAAGCUCAACCAGAACAAUGCAACCGCUGCUACCAAUGUCAACAACUGGUCGGGAACUUGCUACAUCACGCCGCUCAUUGGCGCCUUUAUCGCGGACUCCUACAUUGGAAGAUACUGGACGAUCGCUGCUUUCUCUUGCGUAUACUUCCUGGGAAUGCUACUUCUCACUCUUUCAGCGUCACUACCGUCUCUACGACCAACUUGUCACGAACAGUCAUGCUCAUCGGCAACUCUGGGCCAGCUCGCAGUCUUCUACAGCUCACUAUAUCUCAUAGCGCUCGGGACGGGUGGAAUCAAGCCGUGCGUCUCGUCGUUUGGAGCGGACCAGUUUGACGACAAGAAUCCGGCGGAGAAGAAACAGAUGACAUCGUUUUUCAACUGGUUUUACUUCUCCAUCAACAUCGGCGCUCUCGUGUCGAGCAGCAUUCUGGUUUACAUCCAAGACCAAGUGAGCUGGGCAUGGGGCUUUGGCAUCCCGACGGCGGCAAUGGCGAUAGCGAUAUGCUCCUUUUUCUCGGGAACCAGGCUGUACAGGCACCAGCCUCCAGGGAUGAGUCCGCUCACACGAGUCGCCCAAGUGCUUCUUGCCGCCGGGCGGAAGUGGAGAGUCCAAGUUCCUGAAGACAAAUCCUUGCUUCACGAGGACAACGACUCGGAGACGAGGAAGCUAGCACACUCUCCCAACUUUCGGUUUCUGGACAAAGCUGCUGUGAAAGACAGGGCGAGCGCCGAAGUAUCACCGUCACCAUGGCUGCUUAGCACUGUCACUCGAGUCGAGGAGGUGAAGAUGCUCGCCCGGCUGCUGCCAAUCUGGGCUACCAGCAUCGUCUUCGCAACCGUCUACUCCCAGAUGUCAACAUUGUUCGUGGAGCAAGGCGGGGUGAUGAACACUUACGUCGGCUCGAGCAACUUCAAGAUCCCGCCGGCCUCGCUCUCCAUCUUCGACACCUUGAGCGUCAUCCUUUGGGUCCCUCUCUACGACCGCCUCCUGGUGCCGCUCGUCCGCCGCUACACCAAGCAUCCACAGGGGUUCACGCAGCUCCAGAGGAUGGGAAUCGGUCUGAUCAUCUCAACCUUCUCGAUGAUCAUCGCUGCGCUGGUGGAGAUAAAGCGCCUGGAGAUCGCUCGGAGCAGGGGGCUGAUGGAUCCCGACGCCGUGAGCGACGAUCCGGUGCUGGUGAGGAGGCAGAUGAGCAUCUUCUGGCAAGUCCCGCAGUACUUUCUCAUCGGCGCCUCGGAGGUGUUCACUUUCAUCGGCCAGAUCGAGUUCUUCUACCAGCAGUCGCCGGACGGGAUGCAGAGCCUGGCCGCCGCCCUGUCGCUCACGACCAACGCGCUGGGGAGCUACCUCAGCAGCCUGCUGGUGACGAUCGUGAUGCGCAUAUCGCAGAGGAAUGGCAACCCCGGAUGGAUCGCAGACAAUCUCAACCAGGGGCACAUGGAUUACUUCUUCUGGCUGCUAGCGGUUCUCAGCGCGAUCGACAUCCUUAUCUAUUUGCCGCUGGCGCACUGGUACCGCUACAAGAGCCUGCGCGAGGAGGAAGACGACUCAGCUAGCGCGGGAAAAGUUUAGUAUAUACUUGAAGAUGCUUUAAGUACCUAUAAACCCUAAACCUCUUUCAA